AUGAGAAAACAGCAAAGCAGGGCCUUCGAUUCUUUGCCACAGGCUUUAUCUUGGGAAUUCUCACUUCCAUUGUCUCCUUCAGAAUUUUUCCUAUGUAAUAGAGCAUACAGUGUGAGAGACUUUGUUCUUUGUGGUGGUUCUCAGUAUGGCUUACAAGAAACAAGGCUUUGGAUUGACCAUUAUAUUCAUCAGAAGGAAAAGAUGUUUGCGGCUGAGAAGUCAGCUCUGGUCAUUGAUGCGUAUCAAACUUUAAGGGAGCCAUUGCUGAGAGCAAUAUACCUGCCUGAUUGUUUGGAUGACUUGGCCUAUGCAAUUAUGCGUGAGAUAAGCAAACUCUCCUAUAGAGUCUCAGAAGCUGAUGUUAUUCGAGCACGCAAUCAGAUCACAAAUAUCUUAUAUGCUCAUCUGGAUGAAGAGAGAACUAUCACAGAUCGAGAUAUGCUGGCCGAGAUGUUGGAAAUGCGAGAAACUGUCGAUGAAGCAAAUGAUUCACCGACACUGAAGAAGAUAAAGGUGUUUUCAUUUGUAGAAGAAAAAUUUGAGACAUAUUCCGGAUCAUUCAGCCAAGCUUUCACCAGUGCAGAUAUUGAUGAUGCUAUCGCUUCAAUUGAGAGAAUGAGAUACUAUGGCCUUGCUCUCGAAGAGAUAAGAAAGAAACUUUAA